AUGGUAUUUCUCCGACUUUCAAUUAAAGUCUUCCCGCGGGAGCAGCUGAGCUCAAGCUCUAGCUCCAGCUGGGGCCGGACCUUCCUCGGUGCGCGAAAAACUACCAACGAUGACUGCAGCCAGGGAUCUGCAGUGUCAACGACAUUGAAGAAACCCGGUAUCUUCUUGCUUGUCCUUGAGCACCCCGAAGAGGUUUCGCUCGGCGGACUCGCGGGCAUGAUCCAAGAACAUUGGGGAAAGCUUCACCCGGAGCUGGAACCGCUUGCGAUCAAGAAAAUCCUCGACGAUACGAAGGAGGAUCUCGAUCUUUAUCCCGAUCUGAGCGUUGCCGAUGUCUGGGUUGACUAUGGAAAAGCUCGCACCGAUGGCCUUGACCAGCGUGGUUCCGUUCGCGUUAUUCAAAAGCCUACCACGGCUGCCCCAGAGCGAUUCCCCUCUGUCGAUCAGGACUGGGAUGCUGCAAUUGUUGCCUACGAGCGCAAGCGCGCCAUGAAGGAUAAAAAGGAGGCCAUGGAGGCACAAUUCCCUGCCAUCCAGGAAGAAGACGAGGAGGGUAACGCCGAAUCGCUGCGUACUCACUCUCGAUCUCCCUCUCGGUCUCACAUCCAAUGGGAGCAUUCCCCUGAGUCGCCUCAGCAUACCAAUAAUGACUCCAAUGUCUCAGCUCGGAAGUCACCAGUUGAGCACCGCCAUCGCGAUCUACCUCUUUCUUCCGUUGAAAUUCCUAAUCCCGUCACCACUUCCCCACCAGCGAAGUCAAUAGGCCCUACAAUUGCUGGCACACCGCCUCCCAGGCGCGAAAGUGAGGAGCUCGGAGAGUCUCCAUCACCAGCCGAGCGACGAGCAUCCAGCACCAGAUCCCAACCUACACCUGCAUCUGUAGCUGCCGGCUCACUGGAACCGCAUCAUAAGUCGACAAAGCUCGCAAAACGACCCAUUGCGAGUAGUACAGCUAAGCGGACAAUUACGCAAAUGCCCGACGACGCUGAAUCCCCACCUAUUUCGUCUGCCCCCAAUCCCCACCAACCGAUGCAGUCUACUGAGGAGGCUACCGCGAGCUCAAGUGACAUGGAGCCAGAGUCUGCUCCGCAGCGUACUGUGAAGCUACCAUUGAAGCCGGGCGUGACUAAUGGAGUCAACGGACAAGGACAUCUGGCGGCAGUGGCUAAGAGUGUAUCCAAACCUCCGCAGAAAGAGCAAGUGGAAACGGUCGUUGGGAUCUCCAGUGACGCGUCGAGCGAAGAGCAAAGCGACAGUGAGGACGACAAGGUUGAAGCGGGGAAGAAGAAGAAGAAGAAGAAGAAGAACGCUGAGCAGGAUGAAAGAGAAACAGAAGAUCAGACUGGUUCUGACAACUCUGACGACUCUGAAUCUGACUCCGAGUCUGAGUCUGAGUCUGAGUCUGAAUCGGACUCCGACGCCAGCGAAGAGAAUGAACCGAAGGAUGACGCCAUCAAGCCUCGAAUUGACCACUUGGUUCCAAGUGCUGAGGAUGUGAUCGAUCUAGAGGGUGAUGUACAGAUGGAAGAGCCUGUGGUAAGUAGGCGCUCCCAUUCCUCAGAUCAGUCGGAUCUCCCGAUGCCGAAAAUAAAUGGUACAACUCAUGAGACUCGAUCUCGCAAGCGGAAGCAAGCCCCCGAAGAGCCCACAUCGGUCAAAGAAGCUCGCCAAGGACAGGGCCAUCCCUCGACCCGCCCAUCUACCCCUCCCCGGUCUGUGCCUGCAGUCGUUGUGCCCUCCCAACAGGCUCGUCAGUCCAUGUCGAAGUCGCCAGCUGCCCAAACUAGCCCACUGCACAAACGGGUCCGUGCGCCUUCUUUCUCGAGCCCAGCUCGACAAGCCAGCGUCCGGGAGGAGAACGAAGCGCCUCCUAAGCCUCAUCCCUUUGGAAUUGGGCUGGGCAUUACACAGAGCCCUCCUAGCAAGCAGCCUGUCAGCUUAGACCUUUCGCAAGAAUCUGACGUAACAUCCACUCAGAAUUCUUUUGCCGGGUCGCUUUUCCCAAGUAGCAACGUCCCUGUUACCAGUGCGCCUUCUUUUACUUCUGUUAACAAACACACUCCCGUGAUUGACAGAACGAAAAAGCUGCAAUCCGCUAUCCGUGGCAAGGAUUCUCCGGCAACUGAGAGGCGAUCCGUGUCUUUCGCCGAGGGAGAGGACCUUGCUUCUGGCUUGGAUACCGCUCCACGCUCCACGCCGCGCAAUGCUACGAUUAGCAAAUCCGCCCCCAGCACUAACACUACCCAGGGGACGCCUUCGAGCGCAACCACACGAAAGGCCACACCCAAGGCCAAGUCUGCUCAGGAGAAGCCCACCGCUGUGAAAUCCACACUAGGAACACCUUCGACCUCUACGUCUAGCAAAGUCACGCCUAAGACCAAGGUCAAUAACCAAACACCAAAAUCUGCUUUCGAGCAUACCCAGGCAACGCCAUCCAGUAGUCAAGUGGUCUACCCGCCCGGCUUUGAUAUCGACCAGUUGACCCAGGAAGUUGAGAUCGAAAAGAAGGCGAAGGCACAGGCUAAAGCGGACGAGAAAGUACAAAGGGAGAAGGAACUCGCGGAGAGGACAGAAAUCGAGCGCAAGCUUCGGGAAACCUUCGAACCUCGGCUUGUGGUCGUUUUGACCGAGAUGCAGACGCUCUUGCGGAGGUUGGCCAACACCAAGCUCGAAUUGGUCAGGCGAAAGCCACUCCGCGUCCGGCUUGAAGGCUUGCGCCAAGACCUGAAAGCCUAUGAAGAGAAGCUGGAGGCGGCAAAGUCCACACCUCGGGAGCCUGUCGCCAAAAAAUCGAGUAUAACCCUCAAGGACAUGCUGAGCAGCCAAAAGCAGGAAAUGGCUGCUAAGCUGCGACCCGAGCCCAAGUCUGCCCCGGCCCCCCGCAGUGAUGUGUACGAAGUGCCCAGCUCCAGCGAGUCUGAGUCUGAGUCUGAGUCUGAGUCCGACUCAAGCAGUGACGAUGAUAGCAAGAGCGACAGUGAGUCCGGCGACAUUAUGCCCGACGGCCAGUCUGUCAAACUCCGCAAGCCCUACCCCCAGCGGUCCAAUUAA